GUUAGAUGAAGAGUCAAUAUUCUCUCUUUUCGCUUACACGUAUUCCGUAGUUACUCACUCAUUCAAACGAGACGUAUACAUAUGUCUCGUGCCCUCCUCGAAAUCUUACUCUCUCUCCCUUCGUCUCCUCAAUUAUCUCCGUAUUCCGAGGCUUAAAUAAGAACCCUCUACCCACUACAGCGGGAGGAAGACGUUUUCUAGAAAGACUAUAUAACAUAUCCGACUACCACUUACUCCCACUCAUUACUACAUAACAAAUAGUCUCAAUUAUUAAAGCGUCCGACUGUUGUCUCUACCCCCUUUCUACUUUGUACAGAACUAUCAACCUACCUAAGAUAUCUAUCUACAUUGUCACCAUGUCCGGCACUUGGGAAGCACUUAUGCACAUGAUGCGAAACCGCGUCUCAUUCUUCGACGACUCAGCGCAGUCUCCCGCGAAGGGAUGGAGGGUAUCCAAGCAGCCAUCCGAGGCCGCUGACAGCUACUUUCCCGAGCGAACGCCGUCGCCCACAUCAUCUAUCUCGGAGGCGGAAGACGACGUUCCCACGCCCGUCACCAAAGCAAAUCGCAUGAUCGGUUCCGAAUAUCCCAUCCCGCCAUUAGAGCGGGAAUACAGCCCUCCGACCGAGGAGCUCGACGUCGCGCAACAGCUGGCCAAGAAGCCGCUGCCGCGAUCGCUACACAGCUCCCUCCAGCGCGCGGCCUCGAAGACCGCGCAGAUGCCCGUAGACGACGAGGAGACAAGACGGCAGAAGCUCGCUGCCGCCAAGAAGGAGAUACUCGCCCUGGCCGGCCAGGUCUAAUUACGGGUACCAGUCUAGAAGCUUUGUAAUUUUCUACGUGGGAUAUCGUCUAGAGUGGCAGAGUGGAUAAAAGGGGGGGGGGGAAGGAGGGGGAAUACUAUGGCAAACCGACAUCGCAUUGGGCGAGCUUCCCUUUGUAUGCAUUAUACCCAGGGAUCGGUGCGUAUUGGAUACGCUUACUGUUUCGGCAUGUUUUAAACCGGCGUACUGUUGGGACAGCGGAAAUUGAGAGCAAAUUGUACUGGGAUUCCUAGCAAUUUGGAGCUCGUGCUUUUUUUAUUUACGGAAGGGGCUGGAACUUGUUCGGUAGUUGGAUAUUUAUAGUA